AUAAGAAAGUGCUAUACACACAAGUUUCUGCGGGCGGGUUCCAUACUGUGCCACUGUGCUGUUACGAAGUGAUGGAAGUGUUGUGGUCUGUGGAUGGAACUGAUGGAACAAAUAUAAACAAUGCAACAUUCCACCGAUGGAGGUUACCCAGGUCUCUGCAGUCUGUCAUACAGUGGUCCUCAGUGACGGCCAUGUGGUGGCUGUCGGGGCACUUGGGGGCUGUCGGUGACAUUCCACCUAUUCCACCACUUUUACUUCGAACUGGUCCACGUGCUCCGGAAAGAUUUUCAUACACCCAGGUUUCCACAGGCAGGUAUCAUACCAUGCUUCUCCGAAGUGAUGGCCACGCUGUUGCUUGUGGAAGUAAUGAUUCCGGCCGAUGCAGCAUUCCGCGAUUGGCUUUGAACAUGUCCUAUUCGCAGGUUUCUGCAGGCCAAAAUCACACCAUGCUCCUCCGAAGUGAUGGAAAUGCUGUGGCUUGCGGUUGCAAUGUCUUUGGACAGUGCAACAUUCCACCCCUGGAGGAGGGGAUUUACAUGGAUUUACUACGCCCAAUUUCUGCAGGUGGGUUUCAAACAGUCCUGCUCCGAAGUGAUGACCGUGUUGUUGCCUGCGGACGGAAUCACUCUGGGCAAUGUGCGAUUCCCGUUCUGAAGCCCGAAAGUGUCUCUGUCGGCGAUUGCAUAUCACUUGGGACAGACCUUGUCUUGCAACUGGGCGUCAAAUAUGUCGACAACAAUGCGUUCACGUUGAUUUGCUCCAGCUUGGCCGGAGAAGAGAAGUUGGGUUCGAAGGUGCGAUACUCUGAAUUGGCUAUGGAGAUGCAGAAGCGGAUAGCAACGGCAUUGAAAAUCGGCAUUUUUGGCCUCUCAAAGCUGCGAGUGGUGUUGCCAGAUGGCCAGUUGUUGUCGUCAAUCUAUGAUGAACAUACCGGUGCCACCAGAAGGACCAUCGGGCACGGUCUCAAGCCGCCGCUGCCACUCUCAGAACUUCUGAUUGUUCAGCGGAAAUGUCUUGCUAUCACCGAUAAGUUGGACGCUUUGAUGGAAUGCGCAGCUGCAGGAUGUCUUGCCAAGUCCACUGUGGGAGGUGGUAGCAGCUGCCUCGGCGCUUGCCUCGGAACAGCCGGGGUGCAGCGGUCGUGCGCAGAAUGUCUGGGUGAAGGCGUGGCCUGUGCGGUGAAAAGUUGCGAGUCAUCCUGCUAUCCAGGCCGUGAAAAUUUCUAUGCAGCCCAGUGUGGCAGAUGCUUGCAACAGCACCGCUGCAGAACAUGCACUGACCAAGGUACGAUUGACGGAAGUACCAAAAGUGUCAGCUCUGGGGAUGUGCCAGGCGCUGUCUAUGCUCAGCUGGCUGACUUGGCAUCGAAGACCGGCGCCUGGGAGGCUGCAAGAGCUCAGGGUUUCUGCUUCGAGGAUCAGAUCAAACUAAAGAAGUGUGGCACUGAGUGUGCCGAAGCCUCUUCGCGAUCCCCGCGCGCGCAGUGCGUCACUCGCUGUUUGAGGCGUGAAGGGAUGCAAUUUGGUUGCGCCAGUUGCUUUGGUGACAAAGUUGACUGCACGAUGAAGAAUUGCUUGGACAACUGCGUGACCAGCGCCAACGGCCUCUCCUGUCGGCGCUGCGUGCAGCAAAAAUGCGGCACGUGCCACCAGGCCAAGGACAUGGACCCCGAUACCUUCUACGGCGCCGUUCUCCAUGCAGCGAUCGCGUACCGAAAUCGCCGAAACCAGACGGAGAUCUUCCCAUGA